AUGCGCAAGUUUGUGUUGUUAGGUGCGCUCUUUGGCCGUGUAUCGGCGACGUGCUAUUACCCCAACGGUAUCAAUGCGGCAAAAGACUACAAGUACGAACCAUGCAGUAACUCAACCACGACAUACUCGACAUGCUGCUACUUCGGCGAGGGCGAUAAAUGUUUGGCAAACGGCUUGUGCAACCAGCCAGGGAAAUACGACUACCGCGCUGCCUGUCAGAACAAAGAUUGGUCAAACUGCCCCGAAGUUUGCAUGGACACGGAGUCUGGCACUUGGUUCCCAUUGCAGACGUGCGGAAAGAAUAAGUAUUGCUGUCCUCCAGCAGACGGAAGCGAUUGUUGCGACAGCGGCGCCCAGAUCUAUACCCUCAAAGCCCCCGAUCCAAAAUCCAGUACCAAGACAAGCGAUGCAACGAGUACUUUCCAAAGCGUGAUUCGCACCACGAUUAUACAAACUCCAACCACAACAGCAAAUCGCGGGGAUAGCUCAGUCAAGAAGUCAUCAACCCCUGCGAUUGUCGGAGGUACAGUCGGUGGUCUUUCGUUCAUCGGGUUCUUGUUUCUUGGAGUCUUCUGCGUCUACAAGCGUCGUGAUCGUCCGUCUACUCCGCAUGCGACCGCAGCGACUCCUGAGAAGAAGGACGAUGCCUCAAGCGGCAAAGGCAACGCUACGGUUGAAGUCUUACCUCAGAUUGGUGCUGCAGAAGCUGAGGGGACGGAGGGUAACAGGUACACCGAGGUUGACUCGCGGGCUGUGAAUGGUACCCGUCCUCCACUUGCGUACCCUGAGGACGAUGGAAUGCCACAACCCGCCGAUGUUACGCUGGUUCAGCAACCAUACCCCGAGAAUGAUAAUAUGCCACGAGCUGGAAGACCAGGGCAUGGUCUUCGGGGACAGGCUAUGAGAAGGGCAGGCAAUGCUUCAACCGAAGCAGAUUCUAACCCAAUCUUACAUGCUGACUCUAAUGCUAUUUUACAUGCCGACUCAAACCCCAUUUUCCAUGCGGAUUCAAAUCCCAUCUUACAGGCUGAUUCCAACCCUAUCAAUGAAGCGCCUGAUGAUGCCUGGGUUAGGCCCCGUAUGACGACCGUUCCAAAAAGCGCGCCGCAAGAACUUCCAUAG